CGAAAAAAAGCACAAAUAAUUUUGUUUAAUAAAAAUUUGUUGUUCUCGUGUUUUUAUCUUAUGACGGGUAUUUAAUCAAUUUAAGAAUAUUGAUUGCUGGUUAAAGUCAUUUUAAUUUUGUUCUGUGUUUCCAUAUCCUCGUAGUUUCAAGUGACAAUUUUCAAGAGAAGAGGUUUAACAUAAUCUUGCUUAAAUCUUUUGAUUACUCUUCUGUCAAUCCUUACAUUCCACAGUAACUAAAUCUGAUUUAUUACUUAUCUUAUUUCAAUUUUUGAUCCUAUUCCCCAAUUUUUGAUUGUGAAGCCAUUUAAUCCAUUUGGACCACUAUGAACAUUGGAACCUCUGGCGAUAAUCCUACCUUUCUCAAAUUCUCUAUCACCAAUUCUCGUGAUGGUAAAACAUGGGAGAAACAGUAUCCAUUGACAAUAACCGUGGAAGAUCUUAAGAUGCGUCUUGAGAUGCUUUCAGGUAUUGAAAUUAACAAUAUGGCUGUACAAUAUUAUGCAGACAAUGAGAACAUUGGCACACUAGAGAAUGAUGAAAUGCUAAUAGGUAGCAUGAUGAAACCUUAUAUUGGCGCUGAGGAGAAUCGAUUACACAUUAUUGAUGUUCGUGGUAAAAGCGGUGGCACAUCUGAUGAAUUCAGUAAUCUUGAGGAAGUUCCAAAGUUUGAAAUGCCUGAUGAUGAAUACGCUAAAAGAGACAAAUCUUUGAGGCAGUAUAAAAUGCAAAACAAACUCGGACGAUUUUCAGAAGGUACCACUUCAGAAGACGGAAAUUCCAAUGAUGAUCAUGAUUGGACUUUAUUAAAAAGUCUUCAAGUUAAUGAUAAGGUAGAAAUCACAAUCAAGGGCAAGCCAGUUAAGAAAGGAGUUAUCGCCUAUUUGGGUAAAAUGCAUCUCAAACCAGGUCUUUGGGUUGGAGUUAUCUACGACCAGCCAGUGGGAAAACAUGAUGGAUGCAUUGAAGGUGUGAGAUAUUUCGAAUGUGAACCAGGCUGUGGAGCUUUUGUCCGACCUUCCGACACCAAAGUUAUCAAUGAAUGAUCGUUUAUCAAGGAUUCCAUUAUUUCGCUAUUCAAAAUACCAAAUUUACUAUGCUUGCAACAAUCUCAAUUUUUGGUAUAAAAACAAUAAUACAAUAAUGUCUGGAGAUGUUAUCAAUAUAAUCAAAAUAUUAUCAUUAAAAGUUCAUUAUAAAUUGCAUCCGAGAUUCAAAUCUAAUCCAAAAAUAGCAACAUUUUGGAUUGAUAACAGUUGACAUUAAUUUUCUCUAAUUUAUUUUCAUAACUGAUAUGUUGUAUUUAUUGUUUUAACAUCGAGUUUUGAUAAAAAAAUGAAUUCAUAAUCGCCAAAAAAAAUGAUCUGAAAAGGAAACAAACCAGUAAUCCAAUGAAUGUAGCAUCAAUAAAUUGUUAUUUUGAGCUCUUAUAAA